CUCUCUUAUCUUGGAAUCUCUUUUUUUAUCUUUUAAAAUCAUCUUGGUCCACACUAUCUUUAACAAGUUCCGAUCUUUUUACAUUGUUUUGCUGAAAAUAAAUCCCGAUUAAUGAGUGGGUUAUGGUAAUGAAGAAGCCAAGUGAAAUCAGAAACCCAGUAUUAAGAAGAUGAAGAUAGUGGCAAAUGAAAUUAAUAUGUGGGGACUUCAAGAAACUCAAUCAUUUACAACAAGGCUGCUGCUGCUGCUGCUACUUAUUUUUGCAUUGAAACCCACUUCAAAUUUCCCAAAAACUCGAGAGAGGACAUCCAUACAAGUGUCUUCAAGCCAUGAGUAUGGAGUUAGGGAGCAGAGGAGUGAAUACAGAGGCAACCAUUAACAACAACACUGCUGCAACUUCAUCAUCAUCCGGUGGAAGCAAUAUGAACACACCAAAUAAAAACCUCAAUUUGGCUCACUAUGGUGCUGAUGCUAGGCUUUUAUCAGAAUUUGAGCAGUCUGUUGGAUCUGGUAAGUCUUUUAACUACUCAACCUUGCUUAAACAUGAGCCUAAAGCUGUGGAUGAACAAAAAAUGACUGCUUAUUUAGAAAGAAUUCAAAGGGGUGGUUUUGUUCAACCAUUUGGUUGUAUGAUUGCAAUUGAAGAACCCACCUUCAGAAUCAUCAGUUUUAGUGAAAACUGUUUUAGUAUGUUGAGUUUGAAUCUGGGAAAGCCUGAUGAUUUGAUUGAGCCCAACAAGAGUCUGAUUGGAAUUGAUGCUAGAAUCCUUUUCACUUCUUCUUCCAGGGCCUCGUUAGAAAGAGCUGUGGCUUCUAGAGAAAUCACUUUGUUAAACCCAAUUUGGGUUCAUUCUAGGAGUACCCGUAAGCCGUUUUACGCUAUUCUCCAUAGGAUUGAUGUGGGUGUUGUAAUUGAUUUAGAACCAGCUAACUCCGGUGAUCCCACUUCAUUGCUGGCUGGUGCAGUUCAAUCACAAAAACUAGUUGUUAGAGCGAUUUCUAGGCUUCAGUCUCUCCCUGGUGGAGAUAUCGGCGUUCUCUGUGACACUGUUGUUGAAGAAGUUCAAAAGCUUACUGGAUAUGAUAGGGUUAUGGUUUAUAAGUUCCAUGAUGAUGAACAUGGUGAAGUUGUUUCAGAAAUUAGGAGGUCUGAUUUAGAACCCUAUUUGGGAGUACACUAUCCGGCAACAGACAUCCCACAAGCUGCCCGUUUCCUAUUUAAGCAAAACCGGGUGAGGAUAAUUGUUGAUUGUCAUGCAGAAUCUGUUGAAGUGAUUCAAAGUGAAGAGUUAAAUCAGCCUCUUUGUUUGGUCAACUCUACCCUUCGAGCCCCCCAUGGCUGCCAUAAAAUUUACAUGUCUAACAUGAAUUCUAUUGGGACUUUGGUGAUGGCAAUUCUUGUAAACAACAAUGACUCCAUGAAGCUAUGGGGCUUGGUGGCCUGCCACCACACUACACGACGUUACAUCCAUUUUCCACUUCGCUAUGCCUGUGAGUUUUUGAUGCAGUCCAUGGGUUUACAGCUCUACAUGGAGCUUCAGUUAGCCAAACAGAAAGCAGAGAAGAAGAUCCUCCGCAUGCAAACCACCCUAUGUGACAUGCUACUGCGAGAUGCCCCUUUCAGGAUUAUAACUCAAUCUCCAAGUAUAAUGGAUCUAAUCAAGUGUGAUGGAGCUGCUUUAUAUUAUGGUGGGAAAGUUUGGUUAGUGGGUAUAACUCCAAAUGAACAAGAAGUUAUGGAUAUAGCUAACUGGUUGUGUAGUGAGCAUAAGGACUCUACAGGAUUCAGUACAGAGAGUUUGUUGAAAGCCGGUUAUCCCGGUGCUGUUUCGCUUGGUGAUGCCGUUUGUGGUAUGGCUGCUGCCCAAAUCACUUCUAAAGAUUUCUUGUUUUGGUUCAGAUCACACACGGAAAAAGAAAUCAAAUGGGCAGGGGAUAAGCAUCAUCCUAAGGAUGAAGAUGAUGGUGAGAGAAUGCAUCCAAGAUCAUCGUUUAAGGCAUUUCUCGAAGUGGCAAAAAAGAAAAGUUUGUCAUGGGAAGAUUCUGAGAUCAAUGUGAUUCAUUCUUUGCAGCUAAUCAUGAGAACAUCAGCUCAAGAUGUUGCAGAGAACGGAGGUGGUGGUGGUGGUUCAAAGGUGAUGAAAUAUGGUCAACAAAGUGAGACUGGGCUUCAAGGGAUGGACGAAAUUAGUUCAAUUGCAUGUGAAAUGGUGAGAUUGAUUGAAACAACAUCUGUCCCAAUCUUUGGUGUUGAUGCUUCAGGUUUGAUCAAUGGGUGGAAUGCUAAAAUUGCAGAGUUAACUGGUUUAGCAGCUAGUGAAGCUAUGGGAAAGUCUUUAAUUGAUGAAGUCAUUCAUGAAAGCUCACGGGUAGUCGUUGAAGGUCUUCUUUGCAGAGCUUUGCAAGGUGCAGAGGAGAAAGACGUUGAACUGAAACUACGGAAGGUUGAUAUGCACCAGCAAAACAACACCAUCAUAUACAUUAUGGCCAAUACCUGCACAAGCAGGGACUACAAGAACAAUGUGGUUGGGGUAUGCUUUGUGGGUCAAGAUGUCACAACCGAGAAAAUUGUCAUGGAUAAAUUCAUACGUAUGGAAGGAGACUAUAAGACGAUUAUUCAAAGCCCACAUCCGUUAAUUCCUCCUUUAUUUUCCUCCGAUGAAAAUGCUUGUUGUUCUGAAUGGAAUGCAGCCAUGGAAGAGCUUACUGGUCAUAUGAGACGUGAAGUUCUAGGGAAAGUGCUUCCUGGUGAGGUUUUCGGAGGUUUAUGUAAACUCAAAGAUGAAGAUACACUCACAAAAUUUAUGAUUCUGUUAUAUAGAGAAAUCAAGGGGCAUGACACUUCAGAUCUACCAUUCGGGUUUUUUAAUAAAGAUGGGAAUCUUGUAGAGGUUAAAUUGACAGCAAACAAGAGGGUUAUUGAAGGUGGAAAAGUAGUUGGGUGUUUCUGCUUCUUGCAGACUAGUGCGCAAUGGCCUUUGGGAGACGGUAAAAAUCAAGAUUUCGUGUUGAAAAGUAAUGAGUUGGCAUAUUUGAAGCAAGAAAUAAAGAACCCGUUAAAUGGGCUGCGUUUUGCUCAUGAACUUCUUGAAAACACAGCUAUUUCAUAUGAUCAGAAGCAGUAUCUCGAGACAAGUGGUGCUUGUGAAAGACAAAUCGCAUCAAUCGUCGAGAAUAUGGAUAUAAAAAGUAUUGAAGACGGCAGUGUGGAGCUGAACCUGGACCAAUUUGCAUUGGAGAAUCUUUUGGAUGCCAUUGUGAGCCAAGUCAUGAUCGUGCUGAAGGAAAAGAACAUACCAUUGGUUCAUGAAAUACCUGAUCAACUGAAAACACUCACUCUUCUUGGCGAUCAGAUUAGGCUUCAGAUAGUCUUAUCAGAUUUCUUGCUCAGCAUUGUGCAUCAUGCACCGUCACCAGAUGGUUGGGUGGAAAUCAAAGUGGCCCCUGGGCUCAGAAUGAUACAGGAUGGGCAUGAAUUCAUUCAUCUACAGUUCAGAAUGAGUCAUCCAGGUCCAGGGUUACCUGUGGAUAUCAUUAGAGACAUGUACGAAGAGAGAAAACAAUGGGAUACCCAAGAAGGACUCGCCCUGAAUCUUUCUAGGAAACUGCUUGGUAUCAUGAAAGGCCAUGUCAAUUACGUUAGAGAUGACAAUGGUUGUAUUGAAUCUGCUGCUAUCACAACCUCUGUAUCUUUGUAUAUCUUUUCUUGUCCUAAAGAGAGUUGUACUUUUCUGAUGGCAACCUUAAUGCUUUUCAAACACAAAUCUUACUUCAAUUUCAUUACUAAUUUGUUGCUAGCUCUUUUCAACUUAUAAUACCUGUAAUGAACUUUAUUGUAGUUUCAGAUAUUUCACAAACCAUGUCAAUUUUAAGUAGAAAAGCAUCCAAUUUGACUGCAGAAAGUCGAAUCGUCCCUCUUUCUGUGAAAUAGCAACUCAGUUCCUGUACACGUUGGCAACAUAAAGAUAAAACACAGUUUGCCAAUGAAGUUUAGCAUACAUGAUUGAAUGUAUGAUACAGAU